AUGGUAACAACUAAACACUGUUGUUAUGGAGAUUGUAAAAGUGACUCGAGGACUUUGAAUAAUGAUGGAAUUUUUUUCAUUGGUUUUGGAAAUGGAUUUCCAAAGCCCAAAACAGAUCGUGAAAAGUGCAUGCGUUGGGUGCAAAACUGUGGACGGAAAUAUUUUACCAUCGCCAAUGUUAACAAGGAUACUUAUAUAUGUUCACUGCAUUUCGUCGGCGAGAAAGGUCCGACGGAAGAAAAUCCAGACCCGAUCAAAUGUGGAACAGAGGUUACCAGAAAGAGAAAAAGACCUGCUGAACGCCUGCCAUACAAGACACCAAAACAGCAGCGUACAGAAAGAAAUGAAGCAGCCCAAGCAAUGAUGAGUUACCAAUGA